GGAGCUGAUUCACUUGCUCACUCACCUUUCUGAAGCUCUGCAUGAAGCACAACUUAAACUCAUCCUGGUCAUCCCUCCUGCAGUUGCAGCAGGGACUAACCAGCCAGGAAUGUUCACAAAGAAAGAAUUUGAUCAGCUGGCAUCAGUGAUAGAUGGCUUCAGUCUCAUGACAUAUGACUAUUCAACACCACAACGACCUGGUCCUAAUUCCCCUCUUCCAUGGAUACAAGCUUGUGUUCAGGUGCUGGAUCCUGAUUCAAAAUGGAGGAAGAAAAUACUUCUAGGGCUCAAUUUCUAUGGCAUGGAUUAUUCUGCUUUGGGAGCCUCUGGGGAGCCAAUCCUUGGUAGUAGGUACAUUGAAACCUUGAAGGAGCACAAACCAAAAAUUAUCUGGGAUGAGAAAAUUGCUGAACACUACUUCGAAUACAAAAAAAAUAAAGGAGGAAAACAUGCCAUCUUUUAUCCAACGUUGAAGUCCAUCCAAUUGCGUUUAGAGCUUGCAAAAGAAUUGGGCACUGGAAUAUCCAUCUGGGAGUUGGGACAAGGCCUGGAUUAUUUUUAUGACCUGCUUUAAAUCAGAGAUGAUCUGCAAAAGAUUUUAUUUGCUUCACUGAAACUGCCUUCAAUUAAUUUGGGUAUUCUGGACAGGUGAUUUUUUAAUAAUUUUAAAAUAAUUUUUGUAAUUUUUAUCAUAUGUGUAUUAAACUUCAUUUUUUUUUCCAAUAAAGAACCUUUU